AUGGACGGAUAUCGACAGUCUCUGCUUGGGCGUGCACUAGCUGAUGCUCUGCAGGAUUUGGAGAAGGAACAAUAUGAAAAUGGCGCUGAUAUAAGCGGAAACACCGGAAAACUAGAUGGCGAUCUUCUUUUCACAUAUUUUGAUCAAGCCAUGCAGCUCGAAUUAAGUGACAAUGGCCAAGAGAAUUUGACACAGACAUUCACACACGAUUUGUUGAAAUUAACUGGAAGAGUUACAGCUUUCAAUCGAUUUGAAAACGAUUGGAGUCUACUGGCACAGGUGCGAUCACAAGAUAUUCAUCUAGAUCACAGCCUCCUAAACCUUCACUUGCCACAUGAACAUCACGAGCAAGAAUUGUCGAUGCGGUUAAAGCUACGGAAAAUACCACGAUAA